UUCUCAUAUGCGGAGUACAAGAAGUUGGAUUAUGGGACGAGGCGUGUGAGCACAUAUGGCAUUUGCUCCGCGUGAAGCUAAUGGCGAACGUCGCAGCAACGUCUAGGAAACGAGUCCAUGAGGAGAUUCGAUGCAUGUGUACUAUGCCUGCAGAAGGCACGAGAACCCGUAGCAUGUCAGAAGGGGCAUCUCUUCUGCAAGGAGUGCGUCUACACAGAUCUCGUCACGCAGCUCGAGGACAUCAAGCGUCAGAAAGUGCGACUAGAGAAAAUGAAGCGGGAAGUAGAAGAGGAGAAGCAAAGGGCACGAGAGGCCGCUCGGGAGCGCGUCUUGCUCGAUUUCGAGAAGGGACAGCUUGGGUUGGCGAGCACGCCGACUGUUACAACAUCGGGCACCGCUUCCAAAGACUCGCGGGGUACCAAGCGGAAGUUCGACUUUGAUGAGUCCACCGUCGAGACCCUUGCGCGGGAGGCGGAAGAGGCCGCGCUUCGUCAAAUAGAGCGGGAACAGGCUGAGGCGCUCAAGCAUAAGCUGCCCGACUUUUGGCUACCGUCGCUCACCCCUACGUACACUUCAAGCGGUCCGCCCACGUCGAUCACUGACGUGAAGCUGCAGACAACAUGUCACGGCGGUAAUCCGGCCCAUCCAUUGGCACGAAAGAAUCUUAUCCCUGUGAAUUUUAUAUUUGAAAAGGACUCGACCGUUGCGGCUCGUUUUGUAGAAUCGACUCCUGCCACGGAGAGCGGCGAAGAACCCAAGGCGAAGCACGAAGAAGAGAAAGUUGCCAUAUGCCCAUCUUGUAAGAAGACACUGUCAAAUAACGCGUUGAUGUACCUCAUGAAACCUUGCGGCCAUGUCGUAUGCAAGACUUGUACAGAAACGCUAGUGAAGCCCGGCAAGCAAUGCAUACACUGCGAUGCGAAGCUGUCAGAGAAAGACAUCAUUGAGCUUACUCGAGAAGGCACUGGGUUCGCCGCUGGAGGCCUGGCAGAGACUUCAAAGAAAGGUGUCGCCUUUCAAGGCUAAGUACCGUUUCCCCGGCCAUGCUUUGCUACAAAAUCGGACGUUUGCACUU